GACAUGGACCAACACAUUGACACAACACAGCACCGUGGUUGAGUGACAGGGGGACUGAGCAGUGAGGAAUUAAUGUGAACAUCAACAAAGCAACAGGAAGGGAAAAAGGGUGAAGCGUCCAAGCAGAUAGGAGAGGAAGGUGCAGUGUGUUGUGUCCAAAAAAGAACUAAAGAAAGAAAAAAGGAAAGAAAGCUUAGAUCAGAUUAAGACAGAAAGCUCCUAUUCUUGUUAGCAAGCGACAAGAAGUGAGAUGGCCCCCAAGAAGAAGGCCGCGCACCUGAAAAAGUCCUCGCUGGAGGCCCUCCCCCAGGUGAUGGCGGAGACGACCUCGCCGACCCUGAAGGUGGAACGGCGCGGCGAAGGCGUGGUGGUGGUGGUGGAGAGUGCCGCCAAGAAGAUCGAGCAGAUGGCGGCGUUGGACAUCGCUCAGCUCAACAGCCUCAACCUCCCCCUGCCGCCGCCCGUCCUCAAGCCCGGAGAGCGAGGCCUGGGGCUGGGCAGCGAGCUCACGCGCCCGCUGCACGGCAACGCGAUGCUGGAGGAGCUCAGUAAGAUGCGCCAGGAGAAGUUCUUGACCGAUCUGGAGUUGAGCUGCAAGACCAAAUCCUUUGACGUCCACAAGCUGGUGAUCUCGUCCAUCAGUCAGUACUUCAGGGAGAUCCUGGCCAAAGAUCCUGACAUGAAGCGUCUGGAGUUGCCUUCACUCUCGCCUCUUGGUCUGGCCAACGUGAUCACGUUCGCUUACCUGGGCCGCGUCCACAUGUCCCUGUACACUAUCGGCUGCACGGUGUCGGCGGCGUCCACGCUACACAUCCCGCAGCUGCUGAAGAUGUGCGCCGACUUCCUGCUGGCCGAGCUCAACGUGCAGACGUGCGUGUACGUGUGGAACAUCGCCGCCGCCUACGGCCUACAGCCGGUGUGCGACGCCGCCCGUCGCUUCGUGCUGGACAACUUUGUGCAGUUCGCCGACACGCCGCUGUUCACGCAGCUGACGCUGGAGCAGAUCAGCGCCUUCCUGCAGGACGACUCGCUGGCGCUGCCCUCCGAGGUCGUCGCCUUCCAGCUGGCCAUGAAGUGGCUGGAUUUCGAGGCGUCCCGUCAGCCAUACGCCGCGGCGCUGCUGUCUCACGUGCGCCUGGAGACUAUCCCGGCGAGCGAGCUGGUGAGCCAGAUCCAGACAGUGCCCCGUAUGAUGCAGGACCCGCAGUGCCACCGCCUGUUGGUGGACGCCAUGAACUACCACCUGCUGCCCCACCAACAAAACUCCCUGCAGUCCCGCCGGACUCAGGUCCGAGGCAGUCAACAAGCUCUUAUCGCUAUCGGCGGGCGUCCGUCUCUUACCGAACGCGCUUUGAGCCGCGAGGUGCUAUGGCGGGAGCCCCGCGAGGGAGGCGCGGCCUGGCGUCACCUCACACAGCUGCCGGCCAAAAGCUUCAACCAGUGUGUGGCGGUCAUGGAUGGCUUCCUGUACGUGGCGGGUGGCGAGGACCAGAACGACGCCCGCAACCAGGCCAAGCACGCCGUCAGCACUCUCAGCAGGUACGACCCUCGCUUCAACACGUGGCUCCACCUGGCCAACAUGCGGCAACGCCGCACGCACUUCUCACUCUCAGCCAGCGGGGGGCGCCUUUUCGCCACGGGCGGCCGUAACAUGGAGGGCCUGCUGGCCACUGUGGAGAGCUACCUGCCUUCGGCCAAUGCUUGGCAGAUGCGUGCCCCCAUGGAGGUGCCGCGCUGCUGCCACUCCAGCGCCACGCUGCCGUCGGGCGACAUCCUGGUGACAGGCGGCUACAUCAACUGCGCCUACUCGCGCUCUGUGGCCUGCUACAGCGUGGAGGGCGACACCUGGACUGACAAGCCUGCCUUGGAGACGCCCCGUGGCUGGCACUGCUCCGCCACUCUCGGCGGCCAGGUGUACGUGGUGGGCGGCAGCCAGCUGGGGCCUGGGGGGGAGCGGGUGGAUGUCCUGGCCGUGGAGGUGUUCUCCCCAGAGGGCGACGGGGCAUGGAGUCGCGCCGCCCCGCUUCCCCUGGGGGUGAGCACGGCCGGCCUGUCCACUCUGGGGCCCGAGAAGCUGCAUCUCAUCGGAGGCUGGAACGAAGCGGAGAAGCGCUACAAGGCAGCCGUCCAGACCUACCACCCGGCUACGGACAGCUGGGCCCGUGCCGAGGACCUGCCCGAACCCACGGUGGGGGUGUCGUGCUGCGCGCUGGCUCUGCCGCCCCGGCAGGCGCCACGCCGCCAGCAACACCGCAACAUGCCGGCCCACGAGGAGUCGCAGCCACAACAGCAGCAGCCGGCCGGGAAGAACCGAAGCCGGGAAAGCAGCGUGCCACCGCCACAAAGCGUCACGGCGUAAAGAGGACGUCUGUCGAGGGCAUCCGGGCCAGCAUCUCUGCUCAAUAUGAUAUUCAUCGCCAACGGAAAUCAGCACGAGACAAACCAUUUGGAAUGGAAUCGCGUAGCGUAUUGAGAACGUAGGGGUAGAACAAAAUCUCAGAGUAAUGAAGUGCAGUAAAAAUAAACUACAAUAGGAUCAGAGAGUCAUGAAAUAUUAAAACAACUGGUUUGGGUAAACUCUGAAAGAAAUACAAAUAACGGAUCAGUUGAGCCACUGAGAACAAGAGUGGGCCAACUGUUGUCGUUUUGCAGGAGACCAAUUGAACAUUUGAUGUCUGCAAUUAACAGCAGAGUGACUUAUAUGGCAAUGCUUCUGGAUACCCUGUAAAAAUAAUUUCAAGGCAACAAACUAUUUUAUGUAUUUUGAAUGUAAAAAUUGGCUUUUCCGCAAUUUUAACAAA